UAUGUAAUUCUGCAUGGUAUCGCGAACCACUCUUGACACCAUUAUCAAAACUGAUGAUAUAUACAGAUAAGGUGCUUAAGAUGAGUGUUAUCUUAACUAUCACUGUAGAAACAAACAGUUGAAUUAAUGAAUUGUCGAAGUUAGCACAGCAUGUGUCGACAAUUAAUAAUAUUGGCUGUUAUCAGCUAUCUAUCUGUAGUUAAUGGGGACACAAACUAUCGACUUAAUUCAACAAUCACACCAAUUUCAUAUGCUAUAGCCAUCACCCCCUACUUCGACACAGGAGACAGCUCUGCAUUCACAUUCGAUGGCGAAGUCGAUAUAAAAUUUACAACUGAAACAAGAAUAAGCCAAAUUAAGAUCCAUUCUGCUGAUCUUAACUAUACUGCAGCAAAUAUAACUGUUACUUCUGGUUCAAGUAAUAUCCAAUUAGAUGUAUCAAACCCACUAGAGUUUGAUACUAAAUAUACGUUUGCUUACAUCAAUUUGGGAUCAGAACUUACUGCAGGCUCUGAAUAUAAUUUGAAAAUAAGCUACAGGGGUCCAAUAAGAGAGGAUUUAAAGGGUUUUUAUAGAAACUACUACAUAGAAAAUGGAGUUAAAAAAUGGCUUGGAGCAACACAAAUGGAACCUGUACAUGCUAGAAAAGUAUUUCCUUGUUUUGAUGAACCAGAUCUUAAAGCAGUGUUUACUAUCACUUUAGAUAGACCACAAGAUUUCAAACCUUCAGUGGCCAACACCAAGAUGCAGACUUCUAAUUCUCUAUCUAAUGGUUAUAUUCGAGAGGUAUUUUAUCCUACACCAAAAAUGUCUACCUAUCUGGUAGCUUUUCUUAUAUCAGAAUUCGAAGCGUCUGCCUCUGUAACAAAUGGUGAAAAGGAAUUCGGAAUAUACACUCGUCCAGAGGCAUCAAACCAGAGUGCUUAUGCAUUCGAAUUUGGUCGCAACGUGGUGGAUGCUUUGAGCAGCUUCUAUGGCAUUGACUAUUAUUCCGUUGAUAGCAAUUUGAAAUUAGACCAUGUCGCCCUCCCUGAUUUUAGUGCAGGAGCGAUGGAGAAUUGGGGUCUGAUUAAAUAUAGAGAAUCCCUUUUGUUGUAUGUUCCCGAAGAUUCAACGCCAUACUACAAGUAUAGAGUAGCGCAAAUAAUAGCUCAUGAAACUACUCAUAUGUGGUUUGGUAACCUUGUGACGUGCCAUUGGUGGAGCAACACAUGGCUAAAUGAAGGUUUCGCAAAUUAUUUCCAAGAUUACAUCACUUCAUUAAUCGAACCAGAUGUUGGAGCAGCGGAUAUGCUUGUUAUUGGUUCCGUGUAUGCUGCACUUGAUGCCGACGAUGACUCAGAUUCAGUACCGAUUACAAACAACAACGUAAACUCACCAGCAGAAAUCAGCGGACAUUUUGGCACGAUUACUUACCAAAAAGCUGGUUCUAUCAUUCGGAUGAUGCAUCACUUCAUAGGAGAUGAAGCCUUUAAACAAGGAUUGCAUUUGUAUUUGGAGACCAACAAAUUUGAAGCAAGCUAUCCAGAUAAAUUAUACGCCGCAUUGGAGGAGGAGGUAUCGAAAACAAAUAGCCUAGAAGCGUAUCCCGGAUAUAAUCUGACCAGUGUGAUGAGCUCAUGGAUAACUCAAGCAGGGUAUCCUAUACUAUAUGUAGAAGUGAACCAUGAGAACUCAUCUGUUGUACUUACACAGAAACGCUUUUACAUUGAUCCAUCUAAAAGUUCAAAUGAGUUAUAUAAAAUACCAAUCACAUACACAACAACGAAUGCACCAGAUUUCAACAAUACUAAACCUGUUCUAGUCAUGGAUGGUGAAACUCAAGUUCUAUCUAUAAAUCUUACUGAUGACAAAAACUUGAUCCUAUUCAAUAUACAAGAAACAGGUUUCUAUAGAGUAAACUAUGAUAUAAGUACAUGGAAACUCAUCGCAGAACAUCUUAAAGGGACUAAACGUGAAGAAAUUCAUCACCUGAAUAGAGCUGAGAUCGUCAAUGAUUUAUUUGCCUUUGUGUUUGCUGAUGAAGUUAAAUUUGACUUACUUCAUGAAGUUUUAGAGUUUCUUGAAGAAGAAUCAAAUUACGCAGUUUGGUAUGCAACGAUUCGUGGCCUUAAAACACUAAGAAGUAUGUUCUUGGGAAGUGAUACUUUGGAUUUAAUUGAUGACUAUUCGUUGAAACUUUUAGAUAGUGCUAUAUCCAAAAUAGGUUAUGAUGUCAACUCAACGGACAACUUUGAUACACUUAGAAAUAGAAUGCAAAUUCUAGAGUUUGCUUGCAAAUUAGGACACCAAGGAUGUAUCGACAAUACUCUAUAUCUCUUUAAGCAAUUUAAAGAAAACGGAACAGAAGUGUCGCCAAGCUUGCGUCCAGUGGUCUACUGUACUGGACUCAGAUUCGGAAAUGCAGAUGAUUAUGACUUCAUGUGGAAUAGAAUGGCUACAACAAACGUUGCUAACGAGGCCAGAACUAUCGGCGAAGUACUUGGUUGCACCACAGUUACAUCAAAGCUAAAAAGCUUUUUGGUCUCGAUGCUGGUAGAAAACAGUCCCAUUCGAACACAAGAUUUGACUGUGCCUUUGAGUGGAGUAUUAUCCAACUAUAGCAAUGUUAAUUUAGUGCUUAAUGAAUUGGAAGUAAACUACACGCUGUGGAAGACAAUAUAUCCAACAAUGGACAAUGUUUUUAGUCUCAUUGCUUCGGCUUUACAUACCGAGGAGGAAUAUAAUAAAUUUGAAUCGUGGCUGAAUGCGUGCUCGGACUGCGAUGCUGACUCGAUCGCAAGCGCGAAGAAGUCCUUAGAAUCCGCAAAGUAUUCAACCAGUUGGGCGAACAACCACAAGGCCGAUGUUCUUUCCAGUUUGAAGGGCAGUUCUGGAGGUCUUACGUCAUCAUUAUUACUUACUUUUACUGUUGUAUUCUUCGCUAACUAUUUUAUUUUGUAAUUAUUUUAACUAUAACUUCAGCAGUGCGAGGCUCCUUUGCACAAGAUGCUGGCUAGAUUAUGGGUACCACAACGGCGCCUAUUUUUACCGUGAAGCAGUAAUGUGUAAACAUUAUUGUGUUUUAGUCAGAAACGAGGCUUAACAUCUUAUGUCUCAAGGAUUCAAACGCAAUUGUAGUGCCGCUCAGUAUUUUCGGAUUUUUCAAGAAACGUGAGCGGCACUGCAUUGUAACGGGCAGGGCGUAUUAAUUACCAUUAGCUGAACGUCCUGCUCGUCUUGUGUCAUAUUGUCAUAAAAACCCUAUAAGUAUGUAUAUUUUCAUUAUCAUCCCUUUAAUAUACGAUAUCAAUAGUUUAUAUUCAAAUAUAAAAAUUAUCUGUAAUUUUAUAAAUCGAGCAAUUUAUUUUAUGGAAGUAAUAAUCCUACGAUUGAAAAUGAUAGAGUAUUUACUAUGUUUGUAUUAAGAAAAAAUAUUUUUAACUAUUAGGUACUAUAGUUUAAGUACGUACUUAAUGUAUUUAUUAUAAGUUAAACUGUAAAAUAAAGCAUUUGUAACUUACAGUAACACAUCGAAAAGAGAUCGUCUUCCACUAAUCAAUUAAUUGUAAUUUUAUUAAUAAAUGCAAUUUAAAUGUAGAUUUUAUGAAAUAAAUCCAUUAAAUAUAA